GGAGAACUAUUCUUCCGGUGAAUGUUACCGUCAUAAACAGGCAGAAAAAAAAAAAUCUGAUUUACCUCAAUGAAACGGCAUUGACAGAGACAGGUAAUUCAGCAGGUGACCGAGAAGCGGACAGCAUUUAAAAAGCACUUAUAGUCGUUAGUCUCUGCCGUGUCGUAGCAGUCAAACCACCAGCUGACGAGCUGCAGCUGUUGGUGUGGCUGUGGCUGCCAUAGCAACCGCUAAAGAAACACUGACAGGCUAACGGUUGUUUGUUGUGCUAGCCUCAAACAUGACGUCGGGCCGAGUAGAAUUUACAGGAUCCAGUUUUAACUAUUAUGGAUGGUGAGGACUGUAAUGGCAGAUCCUAUGUUUCAGGUAGUGGAGACUCAUCACUGGAGCGAGAGUUUUCUGGUGCCCUCGGUGGUCCAACUGUAAGCACCCCAAAUAGCAAGGACAACUCUCCAAGUCGCUCCCUAAGUGCAAACUCUAUUAAAGUGGAGCUGUACAGUGAUGAGGACCUAGGACGUGGUCAUGAAGAUGAAAGAAACGAACGGAUAGAUGACGGAGGCUCAGGGCAGGGAUCAGAGUCCGGCGGAAGCUACAGGGAAGUCAUCAACCCUGAAAGCAUGCCACCCGGAGCCACCAGACUGCCCAACGGAAAGCUCAAAUGUGAUAUUUGUGGAAUGAUCUGCAUCGGACCCAACGUCCUCAUGGUACACAAACGCAGCCAUACAGGGGAACGACCCUUUCAGUGCAACCAGUGUGGCGCCUCGUUCACCCAAAAAGGUAACCUGCUCCGCCACAUCAAGCUGCACUCAGGGGAGAAGCCUUUUAAAUGUCCCUUUUGCAGCUAUGCUUGUCGAAGAAGAGAUGCCCUUACUGGCCACUUGCGCACUCAUGCAGUGUCCUCUCCAACCAUAGGGAAGCCAUAUAAAUGCAGUUAUUGCGGCCGUAGUUACAAGCAACAGAGCACCCUGGAGGAGCACCAUGAGCGCUGCCAUGGCUACUUACAGAGUCUGGAGUCGCAACCAACAAACAGUGCACAAAAUCUAGGAGAGGAGAUGAGAGAGCUAGAGUUUGUACCCGACUCUCUUCUGCAGCCCUCCUCAGACAACAUGGCUUUUAUCGAUCGGCUCGCCAACAGCGUCACUAAACGCAAAAGAUCCACACCACAAAAAUUUGUAGGACAGAAGCACAUGCGCCUCAGCAUUGCAGACGCACCUUAUGACCUGACAGCUGCUUUGGAUAAAGGGGAGGACAUGCAGGCUGGGGACCUUGAAGCCCCUCACUUUGUCAGCCUUGGAGGAGAGUACACAGCAGGUAAUGGAGGAGGAUUAUCAGAUGCAGUUAGGCCUCUACACCUUCCCACCACUCAUCCAUCCUUUUUUAAAGAACUCCGUCCGAGCCACAGCUCCCCCCACACCUCCGUCGCUUUAGGCUCGAGGCUGGAGUGCACGGGCAGUGGAGGUGGGUUGGGAGCUGUGGUCGUCGGCGGGAGGGAGGCGGCCGAGGGUCACGACGACCUCCCCGCUGGCCAAAGCCGCGCACCGUCGCCUAGCAAUGGCUUCCAGGACUCCACAGAUACAGAAAGCAUGCCGGACGAGCCCUGCAACAGCACAGCCCCUGUUCCAACAUUGGCCAGCAACAACGGGCAUCAGCUCCUUCACUCCAGCAACCAUAUCUCAAGACCGCCGCCAACCUCCCACCGCAGGAGUCGGGACAGACACAGCCCCAGCCGAGCCAAAGACCGGGAGGCGGACAGAGAAGAUGGAGGACACCCGUCGCUUCCGCCUCCCGCUUCGGCUCCGACCUCCAGCUCGCCUACAGCCCCCUCCUCUACAUCCAGGGAGGCUUUCCGGGUCGUAGACGCAGAAGGACGGGCCGUGCGGUCGUUCCGCUGUGACCACUGCCGCGUGCUUUUCUUGGACCACGUCAUGUUCACCAUCCACAUGGGCUGCCAUGGAUUCCGUCAGCCCUUCGAGUGCAACAUCUGCGGCCAUCGCAGCCAGGACAGAUACGAGUUUUCCUCUCACAUUGUCCGUGGCGAGCACAUUAGUGACUAAGGCUAGAAGCUGGCCAACCUCCUCUUCACGUAGAGCCCCCCCGUCCCCCCCACUCAGACAAGGGCCUGGCUUGGUUUGAUGUGCAGAGCAAGACGGCGAUCCUGAAUGUUUCAGAUACUGGCACAAAAUUGUCAUGGGGUGUUAGUGAUUUUGUGACUGAUUUAACUAUUUAGGGUACAUUUUCAUUAAAGGUGUUCCAAAGUGUAGAAAGAGGAAACGCAUUCUUGUAUCCACAGACGUGCCUUGCACCAAAAUUCAGGACUCCCGACUGCAUGCACAAAUUAUUACUGACAAAUCUUUACGAGAAGGGACGAAAGCGGGUGAAAUCUGUAAAGGCAAACAAAAUAGUUCUUUUGGAAGAAUCAAGCGUUCAUUAACAUUUCUUCAAAGAUGGAUUAAUCAUGUGCAGUCAGUCGCUUUUUACAAAAAGUGCAAAUCAAG